AUGGCUACUUGGCCUCCAAUCAACAGCCGCUCAGCUCCGAUCGACAACACAACAAGGAAUUCAGCUAGGAAUGCGACUAUUGGAAAUGCAACUCAUUCAUCUUCUGUGUUGGCAACCGGAUCCACUGCAACUGAUGAGGCUAGGGCUAUGACUAUGGCCUUAUCUUGUAAGAACAAGAUAGCCUUCAUCAAUGGAGCAAUCAGAAAACCGUCCAAGGAUGAUUUAGAAAAGUAUCUCGUUUGGGAAAGGUGCAACAACAUGGUCAAAAAGCAGGUUGAUAAUUCGCUAAAUGAGUACUUUACAAGACAUAAAUUGCUAUGGGAUGAAUUAAUCAUCCUCAGACCUUCUUUGAGAUGUGGCAAGAAGUUAGAUGAUAUCAGUGAACAAAGUGAGAAGGAUAAACUGUCCAUUUUCUUGGCUGGCCUACAUGAGAAAUACACUGGACCUAGAAACCAGAUUAUGCUCAUAAGGCCUCUACCAUAUGUUAAUGAAGCUUAUUCCAUGAUUGCUCAACAGGAAAGACAAUUUCAGAUGGCUACUGUUGGACCAUAA